AUGUGGGGUCAACAAGCUACACACCUACUCGCCCUCAUUGCUGUUUCAGACAGACACACAUCAAUCCUGUCAGAUAUGAGUCAGCUCCUGGGUCGGCAGGACUGCAUCGAGAGCCUCCGGAAGGACGUGGUGGACCUUCAGGGGGCGAUUCUGGACGUCUUCUCCAGGACUGGACCGGUCCGCUUCUCCUCAUGGAAGUUCCCAGAUAAACUGUCAUGCAACCUGGACAUGUUAACUCUACUGGAGCAGUAUGACUUUGUGGAUGGGGAGGAUGCAUUCAAUCAACACUCCCACAUUGUGUUAUUGGAGCUGGUGGUUGACAGGUAA